UUUGCCAACUCUCAGUACAAGUAUGGGAUGUUGUGAACCGUCAUGAGAUUCUUAAUGGAGUAUCAACGUCCAAGGGCUCUUGAAAAAGAAACUAAAUACAUGCAUGUUAUUAGUUAUUGAAUUAUUAACGCAGAUACAUAUGGCAUUGUAAAGUGUAUUUAGCCUUUGUGUGCCUUAACACAUUAUGAAAUAUUUGCAUUAAGAACGAAACAUGGAUAAUAAGAAAUUAUCAUUCGUACCAUGAGUUUAAUAUUUUUAUAUUUUUAUUGUAAACAACAUUCCAUUGGAUUUUCAAACAUUUUAUAUAGAUGUGACGUUUGUUUCAGAUUUAACGUCAUACUAACACGGAGUGAUGUAGUAUGUAUUCUUUAUAUUGGCGGAACUUCACUACUCUGGAUGCUACAGUUUUGAAACAAAUUUCGUCAUCACGAUUUGCUUAUUACUGAAACGCACGUAAUGUCCGCAUUUCGGAGUAAGAAAGUCCGGGAUAAUGAGGUUCCACUAUUCAUGCAUGUGAAUAAUAACACAAUCAAAUGCGUAGAGUUACCUUAAUACGAUGUCGUGUCGAAACUUCGUAUUGUCUGAUACUUAGCAAUGUGUUUUUACAUUGUGUUUGAUGUUUGUGAUUGUUUGUUAUGAUCAAAUAGUAAAAGAUUAGCAUCUCAUGAUUUUUUCCAAGAACAAUCUUAAAUGACAGACAUUGAUUCAAAUACGAAAAAUCCAUUAAAUUUCUUGCACGUGAAAUAAUAGGUAAAUGAAGUAUUCAUAACUUGAUUAACAUUUGAUACAAGUGAAAUACAAGAUAUUGAAUAAGCAACACGUCUCUUAACAGUUGACAUUUUUAUUUUUUCACAGAGUGUUUAAAUACUUCAUAUGGUCAUUUGCAUUAUUUACGACCGUAUCAGAGUUUCCCUCAUUUGACUCAUAAACAAAUUUUAAUCAUGUAUCGAUAUUCCUUAGGUUCUGCCGAAAAAUGAAUUUGACCCACAGUGGAAGUCCCCGGCCCCUGAACAAGAUGGAUCCUUCCCCAACAUUACCAUAAUGGACUCGACACCUAAAGGCACUGUAAUAGCUGCUUACAUAGCAACUGACGACGAUUUGGGGAUGGAUGGGACUUUGUCAUAUUCAUUGGAUUCAGUGACAUCAGACACUGGAGCCAACGUGACGGAUGUAAUGACGUUAGAUAAAACGUCAGGGAUACUGAAACUCAUAAAGAGCAUGAAGAACGCGGCUUCCGAACACUACAAUCUGAAGUUCACAGCAGCCGACAGUGGGAGUCCGCCAAGGAGUGUGUCUGGCACCACUAGGAUUAAGAUUCACAAGGUCCUACCUCAGAUGAAAAUGAAUCAGUCUUCCUUUGAGGCAGAGGUAUCAGAGGGCAAGGACAUCGGAGCGGUCGUGUUCACGAUGCCAGAUCAAGGACCGGGGAACAUGACCUACGAGGUCAUUGAAAAAUGGGCCAGUGUGUUCAAAGCUGAAGGAUCUAAUAUCAAGCUGAUCAAGAAGUUGGAUUAUGAGGAAAAUGAAUACCACAUGGUUAAAGUGAGAGGCAGUACCGGACAGAGAGAAAGUACCCUUUCCCUGUUGGUGACGGUGACGAACGUGUACGACGAGAAGCCAGCGCUGAAAGUGACGCCUUCAGCAUCCCUGGCCGAGGAGAGACAGAUCGGCAGCGUGGUCGGGGGUCUGUUCUCGGCCACUGACAAGGAUAAGGACGACACACUCAAGUUUGGGCUGGAGGGAGAUGACAACAAGUAUUUCAACAUCGAUGAGGCAAGCGGGAAGGUUACAUUGAAACAAAGAAUCGAUUUUGAUGGUGCCAGUGGAAUAAAAGUGAUCAACAAAUUGACUGUGACCGUCACAGACAAGGGAACAAACAAGCUUAAUGAGUCGUUGACGAUCACAAUCAACGAUAUCAAUGACAACAUUCCGACUUUUGAAGAUAUCAUAUUCCGCUUCAAUGUCACAGAAAAUGGAACUCAGACACUGGAACUUGCAAACUUUACCAUAAGUGACGCUGACAGUGGCAACAGCGGGCAGGUGAACGUGACUCUCUCAAACACUGGAGGUGCAGAGGCGGGUGUGUUUACCGUGCAGGGAACGUCCCUAAUGGUGGAUGCAUCCAAGGUCGACUACGAACAGCUGGAGGCACAGGACUUUGCUUACACCCUGACGGUGGAGGCAGCUGACAUGCCGGAUACAGGGAGGGUAAACACAGGGAAAGCCACUGUUGUGGUCGAGGUGCUUCCUGUUAAUGAGUUUGAGCCGGAGUGGACAACCCCAAAACUGCAGGCAAACUCUUCCAAUUUUCCGAACAAGAGCAUAGCGGAGGAUGUCCCUGUUGGAACCGUAGUGGAAACAUUCCAAGCCAAGGAUGAUGACAAAGACAAAGAUGGUUCUGUCGCCUACAGAAUUGUAUCCGUGAAAUCAGAUACGGGUGAAAAUGCGAGCAGCCUAUUUUUCAUGGACUUCUCUUCUGGUAAACUGACAACAUCAUCUCGACUUGAUUAUGAUCAUGAGACUGGUGGCUCCAACUUCUAUGACAUUGUUGUGCAAGCCACUGACACCGGAAAUAGCGCAAAGAGCGUGGAUGGACAAAUAAAAGUCAUUUUAAGCGAUCUCAACGACAACUCUCCACAUUUUAACAAAUCCAUGUAUCAAGUUGAUGUAGCUUGUGACGUCGCUGCUGGAACGCCUAUAACGACAUUUGGUACAACUGACAGUGACGCUUCUCAGACAUUGACGUACUCCAUUGUGAAAGGCAGCAAGUCUUAUUUCAGUGUGGAUAACACAAACGGGACAUUAAAUCUUCAGAAGAAGCCUGAUAAGAAGGGAGACCGGUUCCAGGUUGUUACCGUUGCAGCCUCAGAUAGCGGCAUUCCUGUACUAAAAACUGAAGCUCAUAUUGUUGUGAAAUUCAGCGUCUGCAACAAUAAUUCUAGUGGUAGUGUUGGAGGAGGUAAUGGAACACGUGGAUCUGGUGCAGGAGGAGCUGGCGGUGCUGGUGCUGGCGGUGCUGGUGUUGGUGGUAAAGGUGGCGCUGGGGCUGGUGGUGCUGGAGCCGGUGGUGUCGGCGGCGGUAAUGGGACAGGUGGUACUGGGCCUGGUGCAGCUGGUGGUGUCGGUGGUGCUGGAGCAGGUGGUGUCGGCGGCGGUAAUGGGACAGGUGGCACCGGACCAGGUGGAGCUGGUGGUGCAGGUGGCACCGGGGCAGGUGGUGGAGCUGGCGGUGCUGGAGCCGGAGCCAGUGGUGUCGGUGGGACAGGUGGUGCUGGGGCAGGUGGAACUGGAGCCGGAGCCGAUGGUAUCGGUGGUGCAGGAGGCACCGGGGCUGGUGGUGCAGGUGGAGCUGGAGCCGGAGCCGGAGCCGGAGCCGGUGGGGCAGGUGGUGCUGGAGCCGGUGGUGUCGGUGGUGCAGGAGGCACCGGGGCUGGUGGUGCAGGUGGAGCCGGAGCCGGAGCCGGUGGGGCAGGUGGUGCUGGAGCCGGUGGUGCAGGUGGCGCCGGGGGUGGUGGUGGUGGAGCCGGUGGCGAUGGUAGAGGAGGAGGAAGUGGCAGUGGUGGAAACGGCGGGUCAGGUGGCCGGGCUGGUUCUGGAAAAGGACGAUCUGGUGGCGAGGGAUGUGCAACAGUAGAUAUAUCGGAGAUCGAGAACUGGGCUUUGAGAGGAGCGUGUGGUCUACUAUCAAUAGGAGUGGUGGGGUCGCUACUGGCAGUAUACAAAAUGAAGAAAAACAGGAACAAGUCGCUUGUGACUCCAGAGGGUUCCUUCUAUGACUCAGACUCGCAGGAUGAGCAUCCUGAUCUAGUUGUGUCCAAAAUGCCUCGAGGCCUAGCACCAGUGGACACCCAGAACAAAGGACUUGCUUCAUACCUUUCUUUAGAAUCUUUGACACUUGAUUGAUACUCUCAAGCUGCAGUUGGAAUGAUUUUAUCUUGUGAACUGUACUCCAUUGUCAGUAUUGUUGUAUGACUUGUACGCUAUGCUAAGUGUAUGUACUUCCUGGACCUGGGUAUCUAUCCAGACGUAUGGUGCUUAUUUCCAUUGACGACAGUCAGAAUUGACAAUAAUGCAAACGUUUACGUUGUUUGUACAUACCAUGUUUGAUUUGUACUUAUUGGUGUAUCUUAGUAUUAACAUUCCUUAGAUUAUAAUAAAAUAUUU